ACCCGCGCCCACCCACCACCACCGCGCGGGGCGCCGCCACGCGACAAACCCCCUCAGAGCCACCGCGCCGCACCGCACGGGCACGCCACCACCACCCGCACCCACGCGGCCGCCGCGGUGCCCUCCACCCCCAGCCGGUCAUUUCACCGCUCCCCCGGCCCACGCCCGCCGCGUGGCCCACCUCCUCCGCCACCACGACCGCUUUUAUCACCGAUUCCCCAUCUCCUCCUCCCAUCUCCUCCACCACCACCAAACCCUAGCCGCCGCCGCCGACGCCGACGACGACGACGACCAUGUCUUCCUCCUCGUCGCCGCCUCCCAACCCGGACGCGCUCUCCUCCCCGGAUCUCCCUCCGCUGGCCACCCCCGUCGCCGCCGCGGCUGCCGCCGCCGCCGCCGCCGCGUCUUCCGGCGGGGGAGGUGGCGCGGGGGGCUCGGCAAGGAGGCUGCCCCCGCCCUGCUGGACGCCCGAUGAGACGCUUGCCCUCAUCGAGGCAUACCGUGUCAGGUGGGAGGCGCUGCGCAAGGGCAACCUGAGGGCGUCCGACUGGGACGACGUCGCCGGCGCCGUCACCGCCCGCUGCGGGAGGUUCCCCACCGCCACCCACAAGUCCGGCGUCCAGUGCCGCCACAAGAUCGAGAAGCUCCGGAAGCGGUACCGCGCCGAGCGGACGCGCGCCGCCGGCCGCUCCAAGGCGCCCAAGUGGCCCUUCUUCUCGCUCCUCCACGACCUCGCCGGCGGCGGGGCGCCAGACCCCAGCCCCAACCCCAUCAUCAAGAUCAAGUCCAAGGGCCCCUCCGCCUCCACCGCCGCGGCCUCCCCCUCCCCAACGUCCCCUUCUCCCGUAUCCUCCCCUUCCUCCGAGGAGGCGGGGGCAGACGCGGGGCGGAGCAGGAGCCUUCACGGCCUCAUCUCCAACGGCGGGGGUGGGAGCGGGCUGCGCUUCACCAUCCCCAAGGCCUCCCGCUCCAAGCCUGUCUCCCGUGAGCCCAAGGUGGAGAAAAGCGACGAGGACACAGAGGCGGAGGCCAUGGCGGAGGUGGCCUCGGCGCUGCGUGCCGUCGGGGAGAAGUUCCUGCGGAUGGAGGAGCGGAGGCUGGAGAUGUCUCUCCGGAUAGAGAAGGAGCGCAUGGAGUCGGAGAUGAAGCGCACCCAGACGCUGCUCGACGCGCAGCAGCUGUUCGUCGAGGCCUUCCUCAGCAAGCAGCAGCAGCAGCAGCUCCACCAUCACCACAAGAAAGCCAAGGUGAUCUCCUCCGCCGCUGCCAUGGAUGAGGAUUGAUCUCCACAUGGAGCUUUGCUGCUGCUCAGCAUCGCCAACUUCAUGUUGUUGAUGUCACUUCUUUGUGUUAAUGUUUACUACUGCUCUUUGUUAACUGCUGGGGUUAGUCGUUGACUUGUGAUAAUUCUACAACUAGGUGUUUUGUGUUUGGAAGGGUGAUUAAAGAAGUAGUGAGGGUUUGGAGGGCAAAGAAUGUAGGUGUAGGUACGGAGAGGGGGAGAGUGAGGAGGAUUAGGAGUGAGUGAUCAGUUAAGCUGUAAUCAGUUCAGUACUUCAGUGAUCUUGUGCUUGAGAUGCUGUUGUUGCAAUGCAGCUGCUUUGUCCAAAUAUUAGCAUAUUAUUGCCAGGUUUUCACUCGAUGAGUGUCCGUCCACAAUCUGUGACAUGUUCGAUGUUUCUAGCCUUCUAGUAAGUGAUUAAUUCAAAGAAGGCUCUGUGAAAUGUUUCUCCAUGACU